UCAGUUUGUCAGUUUUGGCUUGUAAUCUCGCAAACGCGCACCGUCUGACGAUUAGCAGUUGUGACACGACAAACUAAGGAGCGGCUGAAGUGUCUGAAGGUUUUCUUCCUUUCUUUUUUAACGUAGCUAGGCAGCUCUCAAAAUGAGUGUUGGAUUCAUCGGAGCCGGCCAGUUGGUCCACGCGUUGGUGAAGGGAUUCAGUGCUGCAGGAGUGAUCGCUACACACAGGAUAACAGCCAGCUCUCCUGAAACGGGCCUGUCGACAGCAACUAGGCUUCGGAAAAUGGGAGUGAACCUGACCACCAGCAACAAAGAGACUGUCAAAAGCAGUGAUGUGUUGUUUCUGGCCGUCAAGCCACAUAUUAUUCCAUUUGUGUUGGAUGAGAUUGGACCAGAUAUUGAAGAACGUCAUCUAAUCGUCUCCUGUGCUGCAGGUGUCACCAUCAGCUCCAUAGAGAAGAAACUGCUUCAGCACCAGUCUGCACCCAAGGUGAUGCGCUGCAUGACGAACACACCGGUAAUGGUACGGGAGGGAGCAACAGUGUAUGCCACUGGCAUGCAUGCUGACUUGGAAGAUGGGAAACUGCUUGAGCAGCUGAUGUCCAGUGUGGGCUAUUGUACAGAGGUGGAGGAAGAUCUGAUUGACGCUGUCACAGGCCUUAGCGGCAGUGGGCCGGCCUACGCUUUCACUGCUGUUGAUGCACUUGCUGAUGGAGGAGUGAAGAUGGGGCUGCCCAGGAGACUAGCUGUUCGGCUUGGAGCACAAGCCCUUCUGGGAGCAGCAAGAAUGCUGCUGGACUCUGAGGAGCACCCUGGUCAGCUGAAGGAUAAUGUUGCAUCACCAGGGGGGGCCACUAUCCAUGCUCUGCAUGUGAUGGAGAGCGGCGGUUUCCGCAGUCUGCUUAUAAAUGCAGUGGAGGCAUCAUGCAUCAGAACCAGGGAGCUUCAGCACUUGGCAGACCAGGAGAAGAUUUCUGCAGCUGCAAUCAAGAAGACCACUUUGAAAAAGGUGUUGCAGCAGCCAGGUGUGAGUGGGACAGGAGUUACGGUGCGGACUGGCAUCAGCCUCAACAGCCCCAGUUCCAAACACAAAUGAAACUGUGGCUGUGGGUGAAAGGUUGCACUCCCGUGCUGUUCAUUUACUUUGUCAGUGUUUCCCAAAUUUGAAAAAUGCCAGUAUGAUCCGUUUUCAUGUGCAUGCACAUACACAGGGAUAUAGACGCAACAGAUUAGGCCUGCGAUUUCAGUAGUUUGUGUGUGUGUAAACAACCAAAAUCACAAGUGUAAUCUGUAGCAUCCAUACGCCUGUGUGACAUGUGAAGAGAAGGAAUUAGGCAUAAUGCCAUCAAAGAGUACAUCAGAAGAGAAAAGACGUUGAUGUUGAUUUACAAGGUAGAUAAUAUUGCAGGAGGUUUCAAAUUUAGGCCUACAUGGUGUGAGACUGACCAAACCUUUUGACGUGAGAUGAAUUUCUUUCUUUGCAUGCUAGCCUGAAACGGGAUUGAGGUUAGGUGACUUUAGCCUCCAGAAAAAUUCCGUAACUCGCACAGAGAUGAUGCAGAUAAGGUUAUAGCCUAUCUCACCAUCUUUCAUAAAUAACAUUGGCAGGAAUUUACAGGAACGUGCCAUUAAAUUUUUGUUGUUUUGCCAGUAGACGUCUGAGAGUCUAUUUUACAUCUCUUUUAGCUCUUGUCAAUGAGUAAAAGCCAAGUCUAUGUUUACUCUUAUUCUGUCUCUCUCUCUCUCUCUCUCUCUCUCUCUCUCUCUCUCUCUCUCUCUCUCUCUCUCUCUCUCUCUCUCUCUCUCUCUCUCUCUCUCUCUCUCUCUCUCUCUCUCUCUCUCUCUCUCUCUCUCUCUCUCUCUCUCUCUCUCUCUCUCUCUCUCUCUCUCUCUCUGGUUUCUGUUACAAAAAUAUGUAGCGUCCAUUUUUAUGUAUUUUCUGAACUGUCCUCUCUGCUUCUCUGGCAUAAGAGCUGAAUACUGUAUUUUCAUACUUUGAGUAUAUUUAACUUCUUUUGUCUAUCAGUGCAACUGAUAUUGGAGCUGUGCAUUGCAGCAGAAUGUAUGAAGUACUACUGUAUAGAACAAAAAACUAGUGGUAAUUUUAAAUAAAUACUGCUGCAGCUGUGAUCUAGGGAGUGUGAAUUUAAUGUAUUAAUACACAUAGCAGGUUUAUUAGAUACAUUUACCAGUUUAUUAGGGAUGCAAUACAAUUAAAAAAGUUACUAAUUAUAGCCCAUCUAGAUUGACCCUUGGACAGUAGCAUUGCUGGACAUAACAGUUAAUAAACAAUUACUGACUCGUCCUUCUAAGCUGACACCAGUAUGCUUACAUAGACUUAAUUUUACAAUUAUUGGAUUAAGUUCAUUUUAACACACUGUGCAUACUUACAGGCCACUUUAUUAAACGCAGCUUCCUCAUUGGUUCACCAUGUCUGUAUCUUAUUUUGCUCAUGCACAUUUAUUUUAGUCAUCUUCUUGCCAUUCAUCAGUGGUCGGUUUCUGAACACAAGACCACUAACUGGGUAUUUUUUGUUGACUAACUAUGCUUAACCCAGCAGUGACACUGUUGAAAAACUCCAGCAACACUGCUGUACUUGGUACACUCUUAGCAGUGCCACACAUACUGCCAUGCUGAUGUUAGGAUUGGUCAACCUAACGUAUAUCUGGACAGCAGUGGUCCUACGUUGGUCUCUUUUUGACCAGUUGUGCAGCAACAGAUGGGAUACGGUCAGUAAUUGUAAACUUACAAAGCCCAUCUGUAUGUCAGGUGUACCAGAUAAAAUGGCCAAUGUACAAGGUGACUGUAACUCAGUCUAUUUUAAUGGAAAUGGUUAAACUUCGUUCUUGACAAUUCAAUUGUGUCCAGCCUUUAAUCCUUUGGAAAUGCUAAAUGGUGAAAGAAUAAAAGAUUUGUAUUUGAAA